AUAGUUUGGGGGGCGAGUUGUAACUAGUCCAAAAAUAAAAGAGUGUACCAGGGUUUUGGUUUUGCUACGAAACCAUAAACCGCUGUCUCUCCGGUAUAGCUAAACGGUAAACCGACUCCCCGCCGACUGGCAGACAGCAUUAUUUCCUGUACUGAUGGAACACGGGUCAUUCCAGGACCAGACGGCAUCGACAUUCUCAUUGGCCGAUGAGGAGCAUACACUCGCGAAUUCCCUCAGAUUCGCUCUGAACCAAGAUCCAAGAGUAACAGUCUGCGGGUACAGCAUCCCUCAUCCUGCAGAUGCUCGAGUAAAUAUAAGAGUCCAGACAACUGGUGAUCCAGCAAGCGAGGUAUUCAAAGAUGCAUGCCAGGAUCUGAUGCUCAUGUGCCAGCAUGUUAGGAGCACCUUUGACCAGGUUGUUGCUGAUUUUAAAAAGACCCAAGAACUUGAAGGGGCAAAAGAUCAUAAAACCAUGCAAGACCUGGAAACAAUGAGUAUUAAAGAUUAAAGAGCUGUGUCAUCUGACUUUCACAUGUUUCGUUUCAAGAUCUCAGUUUGCCAGUCUCUAAGAUAAACUAUGGUAGUGAAGUUGUCUCUCUGGAAUCUUUCGAUAAAAUACUGAUGAGCCGUCGCUCUGUAAGAAUUCUGCAUAUAAUUUUGAUUCGUUCAGUCUGGUGGUUAGAUCCGGACAUGGGGCUGAAAGUGUUAUCGUUCUUGGUUAUGUCCCUUGACAGGUGAAUAUUGCUUGUUUUUGUGACAGUAAUGUUUGCAUAGAAGUUAUAUUCAUUUUGAUACGUAA